AUGCAGUCUUGGCACCAUGAUCACGACCUUUCGAAUACGCUCCGUCCCUAUCUGGAGUGCGUGCGCUCCAGUCUUACGGCGGCGCUCACGCUUGAAAACUUUGGUUCGCAGGUUGUCGAGCGGCACAACAUCCCCGAGGUCGAGGCACAGGCCACCGCCGAAGCCGUGCUAGUGCCGCUCACCGUGAGCCGCAACGAGCACGAACAUGUGUUGAUUGAGCCAUCCGUCAACAGUGUGCGCCUGAGCAUCAAAAUCAAGCAGGCGGAUGAGAUCGAGCAGAUCUUGUGCCACAAGUUUACCCGCUUCCUGAUGCAGCGCGCAGACAAUUUCGUCAUCCUGCGGCGCAAGCCCAUGCCGGGCUAUGAUAUCUCGUUCUUGAUCUCAAAUGCACACACAGAGACGCUGCUUAAACACAAACUCGUGGACUUUAUCAUUCAAUUCAUGGAGGAGGUCGACAAGGAGAUUAGCGAAAUGAAGCUGAGCCUCAAUGCGCGGGCGCGCAUUGUGGCCGAGUCCUAUCUCAGUGUGGUACGUCCGGCGACUAACUGGCUAGUUUUAAAACUGGGUAUCAAUGACGGGCACGCUUCGGAGCCGGUGAUAUGGACGAGCGCCGUCGCUUCGUAA